GUUUUUUUUUUUCUUUGUUUUGACUUCUUUUUUUGGUAAAGGGUUCAGACAUGAUCAUUGAAGAGGCUGAUCAAGAUGGUGAUGUAUUCUAUGACAGUACAGAAUAUGCGCCAGGAGAAUAUGAGAAACUCAUUGAAGAGGCAACUCGAUUUAAAUCAAGUGGAAAUCAACAUUUUGGUCAAGGCGAAUAUAAAGAGGCUAUAGAACAAUAUGAACACGCAUUACUCGCAUGCCCCCUCACUUGUACAAAAGAAAGAGCUGUCUAUUUUGCAAACAUUGCAGCAUGCCAUAUGAAAUUGAGCGAGUUUAAAGAUGCCAAAGACAUGUGUACUCAAGCACUCAAAAUAGAUCCCAACUAUACAAAGGCUCUACUCAGAAGAGCUCAAGCAAAUGAAAGGAUUGGAACAUAUGCAUCCAUGUCAGAAGCAUUGGAAGACUAUAAGAAACUAAAGACUCUAGCGAUUGAUACAUAUAUUCUCAAGGAGUGUGAGCGCGCAGAAAAAGAAUUACCUACAAAGAUAAACCUUCAGAUGGAAAAGGAAAAGGAAGAGAUGUUGAACAAGUUGAAGGAUGUCGGCAAUACCCUCCUAGGCAAAUUUGGUUUAUCCACAGACAACUUUCAAUUCACCAAAGACCCUUCAGGCAGUGGUGGCUAUAGUGUAAAUUUUGUAAACAAAUAA